AUGCGUACUGUGUUACUUGUUGCUUUAGCGUCAAUUGCAACAGUUUUCAGUCAAGAGUAAGUUUAGUUUUGUGCAUGUUAACUUUUAUACUGUAAGCUGUUUUGUAAAAUACGAUUGAACACAUGUGAAUUUUGCUGAAUAUAGUUGUUAUAUAAUGAAAAAAUAAAAAUUCAGACAAAGCAAAUUCUUCAAACCCAACUUUCCACUACAAACUGACUACCCUCAAAAGUAAGUUUACAAAGAAAAUGUCGAAUUUCAAGAAAAGUUUUAUUUUAAAAAUGUUCUUCAAAUUUCAUUUUGUUUGUCUAAAGCAUUGAAAUUUUUUGAAACUCAGGAUUUUUGAUAUUCACAUAAACAAAAGUUUUGUCUUUCUAAAAAUAACAUUUAUGUAAUCUUCUUUAGAGCUUACAAGGCUUUGAAGAGAUAUUUUGGAUGAAAAAGGCAAAAGUUUGAAAAAGAAGUUUUAAAAGCUCUGAACAUUAAUUAAUUUUUUUUAUUUUAUAAAAUCUGCGUUAUGGACAAGCUUGUUAUACGGCAGUUCUACUUUAAUAAAUUUCAUAAUUUUUUAAUGAUAAUUUUUAAAAUACUGUACGCUUUUCCAAAUCUUCCUAGCAAAAGCUGUGCUUUUACGAUGAAAUAGUCGCUGAAACAUUCAAAACAAGAUUGAUUAGCUAACAAAAACAAGGUUUACGACAGUAUGUCAAGGCUUUAUUGUAUCCCAAUUAAUUGAAUUGAUCUUACUACAAGAUGGCUUAUGCAAGGUCCUUGGAAUGCCAUUUUUUAAUACAAAAUGACAUUUUUUUGAUAGUUAAAAGCUCUUGCUAUGUCAUAAGAGUGAUAAAAAGUGAAUAACAUCGUUUUUGAGCCAAAAAUCUUAUUACUUUAUUGAAAACAGGUCUAAAUGUUCAUUGUAAUCCAUUUGGUCAUAGGGUGGUUGAUUAAUGAAAAGUGGCCCAAGUUUUAAAAAUGUCAUAAAAUGUUAUAUCUUUCAAAACUUUACAAUGUUUUCGCUUUUAAAACAUGAUUAAUAACACAAUACGUACUGUGUAAUGUCAUCUGAUGUAUUUUACACCCAAUUUUUAAAACUUGUUUUGAUGACAUUUCUAUUUAGCAAUGUCAUCCUUUGAUUAAAUAAGACUAUUAAGUGACAGUUUUAUAACCAAAACACCCCUAAAAUUUUUAAAUUUUGGCAAGUUAAUCGUUUAAAACCGUUUACAAUCAGCCUCGCAUUUAAUUUUAUGAUACUUAUAUACCCAAACUACUUAUAACUAGAUUCAUCCGAUUUGUCUCACCUUGUUUUGAUAAUAUUAAUAAUGACAAGCCGGUCUACCCUUUAGAACGGGUCCCGUAAUUUGUACAAAAAGCCUUUUUUGAAGCCCUACCCUAAUCUACCCUACCCUACCUUACCCUACCCUACCUGCCUUACAUUAUCACAACCUACCCUACUCUAUACUCUAUGAUAUUCUACCUUACUCUCCCUACCCUGCUUUACAUUAUCCCACUCUACUAACUUGUCCCAUCAUGCUCUACCUUAAUUCAUCCUCCUUACCUUCUCUAACAUAUUAACCUCAUCCUACCCUACUCCGUUUACCUUAUCACUAACCAAUUAACUAUAGCAUAGGGCUUGUACCUCCAAAAUUAAAAUCAAGACCAAAUUUCAAUAUUCAAAUUUCAGGAUGUACGGUGUAGCAAAUGCCGAGAACCAAGAACCUUUGGCAAUGUUGAUUGGCCAGCCUUCGACCAACGAGAUGUUUGUCGCUGCCAAACGUAAUGCUCACCGUAUGCAGGCACGAGCGGUCAGUCAGUUCAAGAACUGCUACUUUUCGCCAGUCCAGUGUGUGUUGUUGGACCGACGCCGCCGUAGCGUUCGGAAGUAA